AUGAGACCUCCUCCAAGUUCAUUACAUGAAUUUCUAUAUAGAAAACUAAUUGACUCUCCUGGUUUUAAUAAUUGGGUUAGAAAAAUACAUGCAAGAAUUAAUAGAAUUCCUUAUCAAGAAUAUCCUGAUUCAGCUCAUUUAAAAGAAUUUGAUAAACAUAAUUAUAAACCAACUAGUAUCCAAAAAUUGAAUGCUUUUAGAAGAAUUUGGUUACAAGAAAUGAGAGACACUUUUAGAAUUUGGUAG